UAAAAUAACCAGUUACAAAAAUGACCAAAGGCUUUGAAAGAAAAAUAUUAAAAACAAAAUUUCUUGUGUCAAUCUAAAAAAUCUAAGUUGGUUAAAAUUUUAUAGUAAAUUUUAUAAAAAAAAUAAAAAUCCGAAAAUGAGUGCUCCUUUCUACAGUUUCGAUCCUUGUGUGUGCAGUGGGGCUCCUUGCGGGGCGUGUUACCCCUACACGACGAAGCCGUGCGUGGCGUCCCGGAAUUGCCUGACGCCGUGCUCCGUGUGUCCAGGCGGUGGCUGCUCGCCGUGCCCCGCGCCGGUCCGGCCGUGCCCCUGUCCGCCCCCGCCUUGCCCCGUCCUGCCCUGCUUGCCGCCUUGCCCUCCAUGUGACAAGCCAGCAAACCCGAUCGCUUGCAAGCAGCCACUGUGCGACUCAGUGGCGAUACCAUGUUGUCGGCCGAACAGAUGCAAGCCAUGCCCGUGUUACUGCUGCACGGAGCCAGGAGUCUGUCUGCCGAAACGCUGCAGCUUCCCCGGGACGCCCGUGUGCGGCGGCUGCUGCGGACCCUGCAUGCCGGUGUGGUAGACGGGCAUCCGGGAAAUGUGCCGUCUCGUGCAAGUCAAUAAAGUUUGGACGUUACUCUGGUCUUUUUAUUUGGACGUCAACGUACGACAUAUGUGUAAUAAUUGUCACUAUUGCAUACCUACGAUAGUUUAGGGUGAGGUUUCA